ACCAUGCAGAUUCAUAACUGCAGUCGUCGCAAAAGGAUUCAAGGUGAUCGCAGGUGCGGCGUAAUUCUCAAUCCAGAUCAUACAUUAUGGCGCUCUUUCGCAGUAUUUCGUUUUCUAAGAAAAUUUCUAUUAAUUCUGUAGCACUCCUAUCUCUGAACCAACAUAAACUUGUAAGUGUUCACAGAAUUUUAUAUGAUCAGGCGAAUUCCUUUAGUACCAGUAAUAAAAAAAGAGCUCAGUUUUAUGAGAACUCUUUAGAAGCAGUGAAAGAUAUUCCAUCUGGAUCAAAGCUCUUAGUUGGAGGAUUUGGAUUGUGUGGUAUACCUGAGAAUCUGAUUUCUGGUCUUUUGGAGUCCCAAGUCAAUAACCUAACUGUGGUCAGUAACAACUGUGGUGUGGACAACUUUGGCCUGGGUCUCCUUCUAAAGCAGCGACAGAUUUGCCAUGUGAUUGCCUCGUAUGUUGGUGAGAAUGCAGAAUUCGAGAGACAAUAUCUUUCAGGAGAGAUUCUCUUGGAGCUGACACCACAAGGAACUUUGGCAGAACGAAUCAGAGCUGGAGGUGCAGGAAUUCCAGCAUUUUUCACACCAACCGGAUAUGGUACACUAGUGCACGAAGGUGGGUCACCCAUUCGAUAUGGUCCUGGUGGCAAGGUUGUACAGCAGAGCGCCCCGAGGGAGAGUCGGAACUUUAAUGGAUCAGAUUAUAUUAUGGAGGAAGCAAUUACAGGAGAUUUUGCCUUAGUUAAGGCAUGGAAAGCUGACAAAGCAGGAAACUUGGUUUUCAGGAAGUCUGCUCGCAAUUUCAACCCAACAAUGUGCAAGGCAGCAAAAAUAACAAUUGCCGAGGUUGAAGAAAUUGUUGAGAACGGUACCAUUCCACCAGAAGAUGUUCAUGUUCCAUCUAUCUAUGUUCAAAGGGUUCUCUUGGGCUCGAAAUUCGAGAAACGCAUCGAGAAAGUCACGGUGAAGAAAACCUCCGGUGGUAAGUCUGCCGCUGCAACUAGUCCUGCACAUUUGAUGAGAGAACGAAUUGUGCGGCGAGCAGCCUUGGAAUUCAAAGACGGAAUGUUCGCCAAUUUGGGGAUUGGCAUGCCGAUGUUGGCAAGCAACUACAUUCCACCUGGCAUGAGUGUAGUUUUGCAGAGCGAAAACGGCAUCUUAGGCCUAGGCCCCUUCCCCAAUGCCGGAGAACAGGACCCUGAUUUGAUUAACGCUGGCAAAGAGACUGUGACCGUCUUGCCUGGCGGAGCUUAUUUCUCCAGCGAUGAGAGCUUCGCCAUGAUUCGGGGCGGACACGUCCAACUCACCAUUUUGGGCGCUAUGCAAGUCUCCAGUAACGGAGAUCUCGCCAACUGGAUGAUUCCAGGACGCCUAGUGAAAGGAAUGGGUGGUGCUAUGGAUUUGGUUGCUGCACCUGGAACGAAAGUCGUCAUCGCCAUGGAACACACUGCCAAAGGAGGUGCUCACAAGAUUCUCGAAGAGUGCACAUUACCGUUGACUGGAAAGGAGUGCGUCGACAUGAUUAUCACAGAGAAGGCUGUUUUCGAAGUAGCCAAGGGCCGAGGACUUGUCCUCACUGAAUUAGCCGAAGGUGUCACCGUCCAAGAAGUUGUUGACGCUACCGGUUGCAUGUUCGAGGUCUCCCCCGACUUGAAACCCAUGGGCCAAAUCAGUGUCGACUAAGAUUUUUUUAAUUUUCACUAAUGAAAUGAAUCCCAACAAAAGACAAAAAAAAAGACACAAACAAAACCCCAAUGAAGUCGCCAGUUUUAUCUUCAGUUACAACUCAUUAUCUCCAAAUGCUCUUAUGUUAAAAAAACACAAAUAAUAAUAAUACAGCAGUUGUUUAGGUUGA